GGGGCGUGAAGAGGUGGGGGGUGGCGCGCACCGGCCGCCGCCGGGCGGGUAAAGGCAGCGCGAGCGGUGCUCGCCGCCUCCUCCUUCCCCUCCGCCAUGGUGGCCACCGAGGGGCUGCAGGAGAUGGAGGGCAGCGCGCUGCGGCGCCUGGUGUGCCGCGAGGAGGCCGGCGCCGGCGGGCGGUGCCUGGUGUUGGACUGCCGGCCGUUCCUGGCUCACAGCGCCGGGCACAUCCGCGGGGCGCUCAACGUGCGCUGCAACACGAUCGUGCGGCGGCGGGCGAAGGGGGCGGUGAGCCUGGAGCAGAUCCUGCCGGCCGAGGGCGAGGCGCGCGCGCGACUGCGCGCGGGGCUCUACGCCGCCGUGGUGGUGUACGACGAGCGCAGCGCGCGCGCCGAGGCCCUCCGCGAGGACAGCACCGUGGCGCUCGUGGUGCGCGCGCUGCGCCGGGACGCGGCGCGAGCCGACAUCCGCCUGCUCGCAGGGGGUUAUGAGCGUUUCUCCUCUGAAUAUCCUGAAUUCUGUGCAAAGACCAAGUCCCUGAGCAAUGUGUCACCCCCCAGCAGUGCUGAGCCCCUGGAUUUGGGCUGCAGUUCCUGUGGGACCCCCCUUCAUGACCAGGGUGGUCCUGUGGAAAUCCUUCCCUUCCUCUACCUUGGCAGUGCCUACCACGCUGCCCGACGGGACAUGCUUGAUGCUUUGGGCAUCACAGCCCUGCUGAACGUCUCCUCAGACUGCCCCAACCACUUUGAGGGGCACUACCAGUACAAGUGUAUCCCUGUGGAGGAUAACCACAAAGCCGACAUCAGCUCUUGGUUCAUGGAGGCAAUUGAGUACAUCGAUGCGGUAAAGGAGUGUUGCGGCCGGGUCCUGGUCCACUGCCAGGCUGGUAUCUCCCGCUCCGCCACCAUCUGCUUGGCUUACCUGAUGAUGAAGAAACGUGUCAAGCUGGAGGAGGCCUUUGAGUUUGUUAAGCAGCGCCGGAGCAUCAUCUCCCCUAACUUCAGCUUCAUGGGGCAGCUGCUGCAGUUUGAGUCGCAGGUGUUGGCCACCUCAUGCGCAGUGGAAGCUGUCAGCCCCUCGGGGACACUGCGGGAGCGGGGCAAGGCCACCUCCACCCCCACCUCCCAGUUUGUCUUCAGCUUCCCAGUCUCUGUUGGUGUCCAUGCCACCCCCAGCAGCCUCCCAUACCUGCACAGCCCCAUCACCACGUCACCCAGCUGUUAGCUCAGGGGCUGAGGCCAGCCAGGCAGACGGUGCCAGGUGGGCAUGGAGCCCCGUGAUGUUAAGCAAUAGUGCCGGACACUGCCGUUCACCCUGGACUCGACGUCUUUUAUGUAGAGAAAUUUCUUACCUCAUCUUGGUUUUUUGCUUUUUAAUGUUAUGUUUGGAAAACACGAAAGUUGUAAAAGCCACAAAUCUUGACAUUGUCCAGGCUCUUUGGAGGAGGAAAAAAAUAGUACACUGGGUUUCCUCAAGUGCCUGGUCUUCAUCUCUUUCCAUCUGUAUUUUAUUGUCUUGUUUUUUAAUAACAGAUACACCUCCCCACACUUCUGCCCCAGUUCAUCUGGGUUAAAAAGGGAGUAAACAGUCAUCUUAUUGUGCAGCAGCCCUCCCCCCUGCACAAAGACAGGCGGUGUGGUGGGUGCUGCUGAGCCAGUUGGGGUGUGUGACAAGCAGAGCUGCAGGAAGGGCCUCAGUGUGAGCAGGAGUGGUGGCACAGAAUGGGCUGCACCCCAGCCCCUUCCUCUGGGGGAGAGCAAUCCCUGUGGCUGGGAGGGCAGUUUGGAGCAGAGAUGCAGUCCUAAACGCCUCUUUUCUUGCCUCUGUGGAUCCUGGUUCCUGCAAAACUUGGGUCCAAGUUCCUGUGGCUUGAAGAACAGAAGGAAGGGGUGGGAGCAGCAGUCUGGGCUUUUGAUUACUUUGAGUUUCCUCUCCAGCCAUGCCACUGCUGCCCUUCUUCCAGAUGGAGCAGGGUGGGAUGUGAUUUGGCUGUAAUAGAGAAGAAGCUGGGGGGAGGAGAGGCUGGCCCAGAGAUGUCAUCCAUCCAGCGUUUUCAGACUUCCUUCACUUCAUGACUGGCCCUUCUCCACCUGAGCUGCGUCUGGUGCACCCGUGCAACACUGCUGCGGCUUUUGGUCCAAGCCUAGAACAUGCCUCAUCUUCAACCCACCUGGAGCCUUAUUUCCCACCCUACCUCUCCUUCUCCCGAGUCCAGUCCAACACAGAAGAUGCCUGCGUGGCUGAUGUACAUAUGUAUGGUUUUGUUCCUUUUGGUUUUUCUUGUUUGUUU